CUUGUUGUUGAAAAAAACUAAAAAUAUCGCCCCCACGUAUGUAGGUGCAACGGCAGCAAGUUGGCCACCACCACCGAAUCGACUAUCGAAUGUCGUAAUUGUGAAGUAGGUGGUCCUCGACCCAAAAAUCCGAGCGAAUUUUCCAGCUAUCUUGGCCGUUUCCUUGGAGGGAAGUGCGAAAACUACGGAGUGCAGCGCUCUCUGAUGGAAUCAUUUUUUGACCUUUUCGGCCCUACCACAACGGGGGCAGUGUCCGACAGUGACACGGACACGCGCAAUGGCAACGGCGAGGAAGAUAGCUCCUUCGGGGAUCUCGGCGGACAUGGCCAUCUGCUGCAACAGCAUGCAUCGUGCAACAGCAGCCCGUCCGAGGACGCGGACUGCAGCGAACUUAUUCUCAAGGGUAUCGACUUCAACCGGGGCUUUCUACCACCAGAACCGCAGCUCGGUAACAUCGAGUACAAACUAAAGCUGAUCAACCCAUCGAAGCAGCGCUUCGAACACCUCGUCACGCAGAUGAAGUGGCGGUUACGUGAGGGCAACGGCGAAGCGAUCUACGAAAUCGGUGUAUCCGAUUCGGGUCACCUGCACGGUUUGAGCGAUGCCGAUAUGUCGGUUUCACUGCACACGCUCAACCAGAUGGCCCGCAAACUGGACGCAUCGACCAGCGUGCUACGGCGCAAAAGUCUGGCUGAUCAUCGCUCGGUGGUGGAGGUGCUGGUACGCAAGAUCCCCGACGAUCAGCACAACAUCGAGGUCCGCGUGGCCGUAUUGGGCGCUGCCGAUGCCGGCAAAUCGACCCUGCUGGGCGUUCUGACGCAGGGCGAGUUCGAUAAUGGUCGAGGACGAGCACGCCUGAACAUGUUCCGCCAUAUGCACGAAAUCCAGACCGGUCGCACGUCCUGCAUUUCGCACGAGACGCUCGGGUUCGAUGCACAGGGCAGUGUCAUCAACUACAAGUACAACGAGAUGAUGACGGCCGAAGAGAUCAGCGACCGGUCGACGAAGCUCGUCACCUUCAUGGAUCUGGCCGGGCAUCGGCGUUAUCUGAAGACGACGGUACAGGCUCUGUCCGGUUACUGUCCACAUCACGCACUGAUCGUCAUCAGUGCGGGUAACAUUAGCACCAUGACGCGUGAACAUCUAGCGAUCGUGCACGCCCUAGACAUCUCCUUCUCGAUCAUCGUCACCAAGACUGAUCUCGCUCCACCGGAGCCAGUAUUGUUCGAGCUGAAGAAUUUACUCACAUCCAUCGGAUACCGCAAGAUACCGUACUUAAUCAGUAACGAGGACGAUGUGCUGAACGCCAAUGCGCACCAGAGCGUCGAACAGAUUGUGCCGAUCUUCUGCGUCUCGAAUGUAACCGGUGCGGGGUUGGAUUUGCUCAUCCAGUAUCUCUACGUGCUGUCACCUGGCAUUAGUAAUGCCGAGAAGGAACGACUGGAGCAGGAAGCGAUCGAGUUUCAGAUUGAUGAAAUAUUCCGCGUCGCUGAGGUGGGGCUGGUAGCCGGCGGAUUGCUGUGCAAGGGCGUGCUCACAGAGAACAGUCAGGUGAAGGUGGGUCCACUACAGGAUGGAUCGUUCUUUUCGGUCGUCGUACAAACGAUUCACCGGAAUAAGGCCCCCUGCAGAGUGGUACGGGCUGGCCAGAGUGCAUCACUGUCGUUCAACACGAACGAACCAUUGCCGGCGCUGCGCAGCGGCAUGGUCAUACUUCCCGAUUACGAAAGCAAUGAAAUUGCUUGUGGGAGCCUAUUCUUCCAGGCCCAAGUUUCGGUGUUGUUCCACGCCACACGUAUCUACAAGGGAUUUCAGACUACCGUACACAUCGGUAGCAUCCGGCAGACGGCCAUCAUUGAGGGUAUUAUGGGGGCAGGGGAGACUGGCAUUGGUACAAAUCAGACCGCGUCCGUACUGUUCCGGUUCCUACGGCACCCGGAAUAUGUGCGACCGGGUAUGCGAAUUUUAUUCCGCGAAGGAACCAGCAAAGGUAUCGGGAAGGUGACACAAGUAUUCCCGCUUAACAAAACACAUCCAGUCGCUACCUAAAAUGAAAAACAAAAACGACAAAACAUUAACACAAAUGACGAUGAAUUGAAAUGGCAAAAGGAAAAGGUUAUAGAAUUCUUAACACUUACUGCAAACACUUACACACUAAUCCUUCCGCUGAGUAUAGUGUGUGACGGAUUCUUAGAAAUACAAUUUUACUGUGAUUUGAACCCAGA